AUGCUAUUAAAAGGCAAUAAACCCAAUAAAAACAAAUGCGCCUUGCACAGAGGAGCUAAGUCACUUUACACGCAGGUCAAGGAGCGCCUGCCCUGCGGAGCCCAGCGGCUCUGCCGCGGGACGGGCCGCGCGGUGGCAGCGAGAGCUGGGGGCUGCCCGGGACCACGUCCCGUGCGGGGCCAGGGAAGGCCGGAGGAGCCGGCGGAGCCUGCUCUGCUCUCAGGUCUCAGGCCUGGCUGGCGCAGGUGGCACCGUGGGGUUCCCCGAGGAGCAGCUCCUGCCUCUAGGCACGGGCUGGGCAGCUACAGAAUCGGGCAGCUGUACAUGAUAAGCAAGCACAGCCAUGAGCAGAGCGACCGAGGGGAAGGUGUGGAGGUGGUGCAGAACGAACCCUAUGAAGAUCCAAACUACGGCAAUGGUCAGCUAACAGAAAAACGGGUCUAUCUCAACAGCAAACUACCUAGCUGGGCUAGGGCAGUUGUUCCCAAAAUAUUUUAUGUGACAGAGAAGGCUUGGAAUUACUAUCCUUAUACAAUCACAGAAUACACAUGUUCAUUUUUGCCUAAAUUCUCCAUUCAUAUAGAAACAAAAUAUGAGGACAACAAAGGAAGCAAUGACAGUAUUUUUGACAAAGAAGCUAAAGAUCUUGAGCGAGAAGUCUGCUUCAUUGAUAUUGCCAGUGAUGAUAUUCCUGAGCGCUAUUACAAAGAAUCAGAGGACCCUAAAUAUUUCAAGUCACAGAAGACUGGGAGAGGUCACUUAAAGGAAGGCUGGAGAGACACUCACCAGCCAAUUAUGUGUUCCUACAAACUUGUGACUGUGAAAUUUGAAGUUUGGGGACUUCAGACCAGAGUGGAGCAGUUUGUACACAAGGUGGUCAGAGACAUCCUAUUGCUUGGACACCGGCAGGCUUUUGCCUGGGUUGAUGAGUGGUAUGACAUGACAAUGGAUGAAGUCCGAGAGUUUGAACGAGCAACUCAGGAAGCUACCAACAAGAAAAUUGGGGUUUUCCCACCUGCAAUAUCUAUCUCCAACAUUGCAAUGCCUUCUUCAACGCGCAGUGCUCCGUCUAGUGCUCCAUCCACUCCUCUCUCCACAGAUGCUCCUGAAUUCCUAACAGUUCCCAAAGAGCGGCCUCGGAAAAAGUCUGCUCCAGAAACUCUCACUCUUCCAGACCUGGAGAAGAAAAACCUUUAAAUUGAACCCAGCAUGUUUCCUUCUGAUAAGCCAUGUCUACCACAGGAAGAGUAACUCAAAGGUCAUGAUGGUUGGUUGGUUGGUUUCUGUUUAAAAUAAUCCUACUGCUGUGGAAGGAUUGCUACUUUGCUCAGACACGAUUCUCAAAACCUCCAGAGAAGUGCAUGCAAGAGAACAUAAUUCAUAUAUUCCUGAGGUGUUCCAAGCCAUAUGGCACAUCUUCCUGACACGCAACGAAAUAAUCUGAGGCGAAUCCUAUAAAAGAAAAA